CCUAGAUGCGUCUGAAUUUUUCUUGUGAUUUUUCUACAAGUAACCUUUUAAUCCCGCGACCGGUCUGUGAGAUAGAAAAAGCACUCGUGAACUGCACCAAGCUUCUUACACUCUCCUUUUCCACGCCUCAGGUCAUCCUAGCAACUAUUUCACAAAAGACAGCGAUAUGGAACAAGUACCAGUCAAUCCCACGCCUUCCCAAAUCCCUGACCGAAAUCUGUUCGAAUUCCCUUAUGGUCCACCAAUUAGCUUGGAUGAAGCAAAGGCACUGAUUGCCGCUAGUGAGACGGCAGCAAUUGCGAGAGGGUUGAGAAUGUGCCUUGUUGUCUUGGAUUCUGGCGGCAAUCUUGUUGCCUUCGAGCGAAUGGAUGGUGCCCUCCUUAUUUCUGUCGACGCUGCUCGUGAGAAGGCACGAGCAGCCGUGCUGAUGAAGGCCCCUAGUAAAGCGGCCGAAACUAUUGUAGCAAGUGGGGGAUUAGGUCUAACUUACUUAUCGACUGGUGUCAUGGCUGUGCGCGGAGGCAUGCCACUGAUUCGCAAUGGUCAGGUUAUUGGAUCUUUUGGUGCUUCUGGUGGUUCAUUGGAAGACGAUGAGCAUAUUUCCUGGGUGGGAGCAACGGCGCUCCGCAGGUUGUAAUAAGUGAAAACACUGGCAUUGUACUAUAACUAGUUUCGCCUUCUCUAAU